UACUUUACUCUUCUUUGAUUGUUUGUUUUAUUUAUGAAAAGUACGUUAUAACGAAAUAUUUUCAAUCAAAACUUGUAAUUUAAAUGUCGCAACAAAAACUAUCCACUAAUGAUCAAUACGAUCAACCAUUAAGGAUUAUUGUCGUCGGUGCUGGCCUGGUAGGUUCAUUGGCAGCAAUAAAUUUUGCAAAGAAAGGGCACAAUGUUCAUUUAUAUGAGUAUCGCGAAGAUAUCCGUAGAGCUGAGCUAGUUCAAGGGCGAAGUAUUAAUUUGGCGCUUUCUGCUCGUGGUCGAAAGGCAUUGGCUCAAGUUGGAUUGGAGGAAAAAUUAUUAAAACAUGGCAUACCAAUGCGUGGCCGAAUGUUACAUGAUCUUAGCGGUGAAACACAAGCUGUACCUUACGACCCAAACACAAACCAGUGUAUUUAUUCGAUUGGUCGUAAAUAUCUGAAUGAAAUUCUACUAAAUGAAGCCGAGAAGUAUUCGAAUAUUCAUUUGAAUUUCAAUAAAAAAAUGAAAUCAGCAAAACUGCGACAGUGUGAGGUAACAUUUCACGACGAAAAAAACGAUGGGGUCGAAAAUGUAUCGGGUGACCUAAUUGUUGGCUGCGAUGGGGCAUUUAGCACAGUGCGUCGUUAUAUGUUACAAGUGCCCGGAUUUGAUUUCAGCCAAACAUACAUCGACCAUGGCUACAUUGAAUUGUGCAUACCACCUGUCAAUAGGGAGUUUCAAAUGGAGGUGAAUUAUUUGCAUAUUUGGCCACGCGGAAAAUUUAUGAUGAUUGCACUUCCAAAUCAAGAUAAAUCUUGGACUGUUACUUUGUUCAUGCCGUUUUCAAAUUUUGCAUCAAUUGUAAAAAUUGACGAUCUUUUAACAUUUUUCACCGAAUAUUUCCCAGACGCCAUCAACUUGAUUGGUAAACAACGCUUGAUUGACGAUUUUUUCAAAGCAAAACCACAACAUCUGAUAUCGAUUAAGUGUCGUCCAACUUAUGUUGAUCCAAAUAUUUUGUUGUUGGGCGAUGCAGCUCACGCAAUGGUGCCAUUUUACGGCCAAGGAAUGAAUGCUGGCUUCGAAGAUUGUAGAUUGCUUGGUGAAAUUCUCGACCGUCAUCAUAACUGUAUUAGAAUUGCACUGAAAGAAUUCAGCGAUUCUCGGCACGAAGAUGCUGAAGCCAUUUGUGAUUUGGCCAUGUACAACUACAUUGAGAUGCGAGAUUUGGUGCGGAGUAAAUCUUACCGCCUUCGUAAACUCUUGGAUGAUUUUUUAUAUCGAAAUAUUCCAAAAUACUGGAUUCCUCUAUACAAUUCGGUUUCAUUCUCUCACAUGCCGUAUAAGCGAUGUAUUGAUAAUCGAAAGUGGCAAGAUAAGAUUUUAUCACGGAUAAUCAUAUUUGGUUCGAUGCUGAUUGCUGCCAUCGUUCUGUUUACUUUUGGAUUUGCCUGCAAAAUUAUUUGAAUCGAUUUAAUCGAAUCUAACCCAGCGUCUCCUCAUCAUU